CUGCCGCGACAUUUUAUUCAUGGAACCAAUACCAAACAAAGUGAUUACGGGCCACGUGAUCAAGAUUUUAGAACUACCUUAUGAAGGAGAGUGCCACGUGAUGUGUUAUAUGGAGCCUGAUUGUGUGUCCAUCAAUGUUAGACCUUCUUACGGAGGGAAAUACAAGUGUGAGUUAAAUAACGCCACAGCUGAUGUAGACCAAUUAACUGUCGUUCAGGAAGUAGCCGACAGUUAUUACCGAGCUAUUGAGAAUCCUUGCGAUAGCAACCCAUGUUAUAAUGGAGGUACCUGUCAAGCUGGAUUUACAAAUAAAGGUUUUCGUUGCAUUUGCCCAUCUGCUUUCCAAGGAAUAGAAUGUGAAGCGGUCAAGUCUUGCAGCGAGCUGAGGAUAAUUCACCCUGAAGCAAAAAGUGGCAAUUACGUCAUUGAUCCUGACGGUGAUGGAGGACUGAUGCCGUAUAAUGUCACCUGUAACAUGACUGACAAGAACGGAGUUGGCGUGACAGUUAUAAGUCACGACAGCGAAAGCAGAACACUGGUGGAUGGAUGUGACCCAGAGGGUUGUUACUCACGCGAGAUCGUCUACACAGGAGCAAGCUUUCCUCAGCUAGCGAGCCUCACCAACGUCUCCCUGCACUGCGAACAACAGUUUAAGUUUGAGUGUUUUCAUGUAAGGAUGUAUAAGAACAGAGACUUUGCCUGGUGGGUGUCACGUGAUUCCAUGAACAUGACUUACUGGAAUGGAUCUGUAUUUAACCCACGCAAAUGCGCAUGUGGAAUGGACAACUCUUGCCAACAGCGCGCAAAUAAUAACAAUAAAAUAAAUUACUGUAACUGUGACAUGAACGAUAACACAUGGCGGGAAGACACAGGUCUACUCACAAACAAAUUACAUUUGCCAGUUAAACAACUGAAAUUUGGAGAUUCCGGAACAGCAAAAAACAACGUUAAUGAACACGGUUAUCAUACGUUGGGAAAGUUCAAGUGUUACGGAAAACACUGAAAGUAAAACCUGGUCGUUGUUUCUUAACUCUUUCCUAAAGCCUUUAUUCUUAACAGCUCACGGAUUCAUGGAAAACAAGAUUCCCAUCACGAAAUUCAAGUCAGUGCAUUUAGGUGUUAUGUCCAUUCAAAUUUCCAUUCUCUGGGUCUUUUCUCUCAAAACCUUAACCCUUUAACUCCCAGAGGUGAUUGACAGGAAAUUUCUCCCUAUAAUAUCCAUACAUUAUUCAACAAAC